AUGGAAGAAAUACCAGUGAGAGUUGCAGUAAGAGUCAGACCUCUGCUUUGCAAAGAAAUUCUUCAUAAUCACCAAGUAUGUGUGAGAUUGAUUCCAAAUACCCAGCAAAUUAUCAUUGGGAAAGAUCGCAUCUUUACUUUUGAUUUUGUGUUUGGCAAAAAUUCAACCCAAGAUGAAGUUUAUAGUACCUGUAUUAAACCUCUGGUUGCAUCAUUGAUUGAGGGAUAUAAUGCUACAGUUUUUGCCUAUGGACAGACUGGAUCUGGGAAGACAUACACCAUUGGAGGAGGCCACAUUGCAUCAGUUGCGGAGGAUAAAAAAGGUAUCAUUCCACGUGCCAUCCAAGACCUAUUUCAAAGCAUUUCUGAAAAUAGCAGCAUUGAUUUUAACAUAAAAGUAUCUUACAUAGAAGUCUAUAAGGAAGACCUCCGAGAUCUGCUAGAAUUGGAAACAUCAAUUAAAGAUUUACACAUCAGAGAAGAUGAAAAAGGAAACACAGUGAUUGUUGGUGCCAAGGAAUGUUCAGUGGAGAAUGCAGAUGAAGUGAUGAGUCUUUUGGAAAUGGGUAAUGCAGCUCGUCAUACAGGUACUACACAAAUGAAUGAGCACUCUAGUAGAUCUCAUGCUGUUUUCACAAUCAGCAUUAGUCAACAAGAUUUUGCACCAUGUCGGAAGAGUAUGGAAAUGGCUCAAGAUAUAUCUCAGCAAUCUGCUCGACAAAUUGUUUCAAAAUUCCACUUUGUGGACCUGGCUGGAUCAGAAAGAGCAACUAAAACUGGGAAUACAGGCGAACGAUUCAAAGAAUCCAUUCAGAUCAACAGUGGAUUACUGGCUUUAGGAAAUGUAAUAAGUGCUCUUGGAGACCCACGCAAAAAGGGCACACACAUCCCAUAUAGGGAUGCUAAAAUUACCAGAAUCCUAAAAGAUUCCCUGGGAGGCAAUGCUAAGACUGUUAUGAUAACAUGUAUCAGCCCAUCAUCCUCUGAUUUUGAUGAAUCUUUAAAUUCUCUCAAAUAUGCUAACCGAGCACGGAAUAUCAGAAAUAAGCCUAUCGUAAACUACAAUCCUGACUGGGACAGGAUGGAUGAGAUGGAAUUUGAGAUAAAACUGCUUCGAGAAGCUUUGCAGAGUCAACAAGCUAGUACCCUGAGCCAGACUACCCAACUUUCCCAGGAUGUGAACAGAGAUAAGAGUCGGAUCCAUUCUCUUGAAGAACAAGUAGCCCAGCUUCAAGGUGAAUGUUUUGGUUACCAAAAUUGUAUUGAGGAGGCCUUCACCUUCUUGGCUGACCUAAAAGAUGUUGUUAACUUAACUCAAAGUCAGCAGCACAGAUUACAAGAAUGGUUCAACAUGACCCAGGAGAUGAAGAAGGACAUUUCUAACCCAUUCAAAAGUAACCAAGGAAUUGGCCAUGUCCAAGAUGGACCACAUCACAUUACAGUUCUCCAACUGAAGAGGGAACUUAAAAAAUGCCAGUGUGCUCUAGCUGCUGAUGAAGUAGUAUUCAAUCAGAAAGAAUUGGAGUUGAAGGAAUUACAGCAUCAGAUGCAAACGAUGACACAGGAAAACAAAGAACAUUUGCUGUCUUUGAAAGAGGCACAAAAAGUGAAUAGAUUACAGAAUGAUAAAAUAGUAGAACAGCAACUUCUUGUUAACCAGCUGAACGAAGAACUCAUGAAGCUUAACAUGUCCAUAGCCUCUGUAUCUAAGGGAACUUGUGGAGAUGGACCAGAUACGAAGAUAUCAGAAAAGAGGCCAUACACUGUGCCACUUGAUAAUAGUUUUGGACACUAUAUUUAUGUCCCAACAUGGCCAGAUGCCCGAAAGGUCCACACAAGCCCUCCUAUGUAUUCACUUGAUCGAGUGGUAGCUGGAUUUCGAACCCGAAGUCAAAUGCUAUUGGGUCAUAUAGAAGAACAAGAUGAAGUCCUUCAUUGUGAGUUUUCUGAUAAUAGUGAUGAAGAAGAUACAGAAAAUCAAGAAAAACCUGGAUAUCGAACAUCUAGAAAUCUUAGAUGGAUUCGAAAGCCAACCUCUAUUUGUUCUCUUCUGGACAUGAGUGAUGUUCCAAAUCAAAAACAACAGUCAGGUUUGCAGAAUGAAGGCCCACAACCUACAGAAAGUAUAUCAGGUAUAAAGGUUGAAUGUCUUCAGGAAAGUCAGGUAUUAAACUUGCAAAAAUUAAAGAAUUCAGAACUCAGACUCACAGAAGCUAAGCAAAAAAUGAGAGAACUUACAAUCAAUAUCAAGAUGAAAGAAGAGCUCAUUAAAGAAUUAAUUAAAACAGGUAAUGAUGCCAAAGCUGUAAGUAAACAGUAUUCUCUGAAAGUAACAAAACUGGCACAUGAAGCAGAACAAGCCAAAGUGGAACUAACUGAAACACAGAAGCAGCUACAGGAGCUGGAAAACAAGGAUCUGAGGGAUGUUGCUUUGAAGCUGAGAUUACAGAAGGAGUUCCGGAAAAAGAUGGAUGCAGCAAAACUAAAAGUGCAGGUCUUGCAGAAGAAGCAGCAGGAUACUAAGAAACUAGCAUCACUGUCUGCCCAAAAUGAGAAACAAGCUUCUGAACUUGAACAGAAUGUAGAUCAUAUGAAAUAUCAGCAAGCACAGCUGCAAAAGAGACUUCGGGAAGAAAAUGAAAAAAAGAAGCAAUUAGAUGCAGAGAUUAAGCGGGAUCAACAAAAAAUCAAAGAGCUUCAGUUAAGGACAGAGCAACAAGAAAAGAUGCUAAAAAUGAAAUCUGAGGAGUUUGAUGCAUUUAGGAGGAGAAAACAAAAGAGUCCAUUUGGAAAUAUAGACCAGCUCCAGAAACUGGACGAACAAAAGAAGUGGUUAGAUGAGGAAGUAGAAAGAGUUCUUCAUCAACAUCAAGAAUUAGCCGAGCUGGAAGAAGACUUAAAGCAAAGAGAGGCAAUUGUUUCCAAGAAGGAAGCAUUGUUACAAGAGAAGAGCCACUUGGAAAACAAGAAGUUACGAUCUAGUCAGGCUUUAAACAAAGAUAGUUUGAAAAUAUCAACUCGCCUGAACUUGUUGGACCAAGAGUUGGCUAAUAAAAGCAUGCAGCUCCAGAGCAUUCCAGCUGAGGAGCAAAUAAAGAUUUCAGAAGAAGUCCAGGCUCUUCAGAAAGAAAAAGAUCAGCUACAAAGAAGAAGAAAUAGUGUCGAUGAGAAACUUAAAAAUGGUAGAAUGUUAUCCCCUGAAGAAGAACAUCUUCUUUUCCAGCUUGAAGAAGGGAUUGAAGCACUGGAAGCUGCAAUUGAUUACAAGAAUGAAAACAUCCAGAGUCGUCAGCAUUCACUUAGAGCCUCAUUCCAUAUCCUGACCCAGAGUGAGGCAAAUAUUAUGGAAAAACUGAUUUGCCUGACUCCUGCUGAGAUCAGAGCUAUCCUUUACAAAUACUUCAACAAGGUGAUUAGUUUGCGAGAAGCUGAACGUAAACUAAAUUUAGAAAAUGAAGAAAUUAAAAUGAAGGUUCAGGAACAAGACAACAAGAUUCGUGAACUGGAGUCUGCAUUAGAGCACCUCAAGCUGCAAAGUGACAGACAGCUAACCCUUCAAUGGAAGGAGCAUGAACAAAAGAUGCAGUUACUCUUGCAGUAUUUCAAAGAGCAAGAUGGAGAAAGUAUUGUGGACAUCUCAAAGAUCUAUGAGGAAAAAAUUCAACUGCUAGAAAAAGAUCUUUAUUUCUAUAAGAAAACCAGCAGAGAACUAAAAAAGAAGCUUAAGGAGUUAGUAGAAGAAGCACCUCGGCAGCAACCAACUGGACAUAAUGAAGCUAGAGAUGGAAACCUGUCUCAAGAGGAAGCAGGUAUCUUUCCAGAAGAAUUCAAGUGGGCAUCCAGAACUGAAAAUAUCAAACCCCUUGGAAAAGUAAAAGAAACAGAAAGCCCAGCAAGUAGCUUGAGAACACAACCGAAUCCACAUAAGUUUUGGGAAGAUGUUUCUGAAGUAACUCAAUCAUCAAGCUCUUUGGCACAAAGUGGGCACUUAUUAAUCAAUGAAGAUAAAACAGAAACUAAUGAAAAUCAGUUAACAAAACCUCACACUCAACUGUUACCUCAACCUCAGACAACUGUAAAUGUGACACAACUAUCAGGGGUAACCCCUGUAAAAUUAUGCCGCCGAGAGUUACGUCAGAUUUCUGCUUCAGAAUUGUCAUUACGACGCUCCAAUCUUGGAGCUGGGGUUGGGUCAAUGGUUGCUGAUUCAAUUGAAGUUUCCAGGAAAUCCACUGACCUAAAGACUUAGACAUUUUUAUUUAGCAUAAGUGACACUGUUUUUUAAUAGAUGUAUAAAUAUCUUCCCUUUUUCUAUAAUAUUCUAAAAACAAGUUAAUAAGUUCUGUCUUUUGGGAAGGGCAGAAAUAUGUAGAUUCUUUUACAUACCCCAUACCCCUUUAUCUUUUUAUCUUGUGCUUGGAGAUUCUGAAUUCGCAUUUUCACUGUAAUUUCACAAAGCACAGGAUUUAUUUUGUCUUUUUUUUUUUUCUUUGUUUUAACAUGCAAACAUUUUGGAUGUUCAUUUUUUUCCCAGAAACUAAGCCACUAAAAGCUAACCAAAGUAUAAUAUUUAAAAGAUGUUCAGAAGGUAUUUCAAUUUUAAAAUUAAUAUUAUCUGUUGGGGAUAACGCUAAUUACUAUUUAUGAUCUAGAAGCUUGCAUCCAAAUGAGAACUGGCCUUCCUGUCUGCAAAAGAUCUAAAGCAAUUUUAGACAAUGGAGGGCACUCUAGACUUUAAUUAUUUUAAAGGGUACUUUAAGUGGAUUUCAAUUUGUGGCAUCCUACUCUUCAUGUUUUAACCAUGUAUUUUUUCCCUUAAAUUAUUUUAUUGUCAUUAUGUUUAUACUAAAUGUGUUCCAUGACUUGUCUUUCCCUGUAUUCCUUAUUUAUGCCAGUAGGGCUAGGAGGGAAAGAUUCACAAAAAGCUGUAAAAGAUGCAAAAAUAUAUUCCAUGUAGCAGUACAAUAAUAGCAAUAUAAUACUGUGUAACAGUUGAAGAAAAAGAGCACGGGGUAGGAUGUGACUAAAUUGCUUAGAGAAAUAUCAUAAUUUCUUUUUAGCUAGAAAAAGACCAUUAACAAAUCUUAGUUCAUCCUCCCUAAUCCUAGAAUUAAGAUCUUUGUUGUUUUUGAAUCCACCCCAAUUGUAAAUAGGCAGAUUAGACUGAAUUUGGGCAUAGAUGUAUAUCUGGACUGUUAAGGUGUGAAGGAGUGGAAUUCUGUUAAACGUUGUUCGAAGAGUUAAAGAAUUUUUACUCAAGGAAUUGUAUAUGACGUUCACUUCAAGUUUAGAAUUAAGAGCUAAAGAUUGAUUUAACCAACAUAUAGACUUUGUACUUUCUCAGUACAUUUUAUGUUUUUCCAUAUUCAAUCACAGGCCACAUCCCAGUAAAGUGAAUGCCAAAGGGAUAGUGCUUAAAUUGCUUAAUUAUAGUUAAUAUUACUGUAUAUACACAAAAUGUUGACUAGAGCCUAACAAGCAUUAUUUUUAGCUAAUAUUUUUGUUAUAAUGGUUUUAAUUCCAGUGGUUUUAACUACA